AUGGCCCUUCGCAACCAGGCCCGCAAAGACGAGAUUGUUUCCAAGCUUGCAGAGAAAGCGCAAGGGGUGUUGCUAUGGGUACACUUCGAGAUCGCUUGCAAUAGCCGAGCAAGUGUGUCGGCACUGAUUGAGGUUGGAGCAGAAUGGAUUCGCGCUGAAGUGUUUGCCUUGGCGGGCAUAAGGGCCGACUGUGAAAUUGUAGAGAUGUUACUGGGCAAGCUUUCCACAGCGACCGCGAAGGCAAGAGUAGCCGCCGCUGCGAUGUUCAGAUUGACGCUGGCAGAAGGCGCAUCGAACAGGAAUGAAAAAGCAGUGCGGAUUCUCGGAGUCUUCGCUCGUCUCGUAGAUUUUUCAAUCAAGGGUAGAGAUGUCGCCAUGCUUCAACGUCCCUCGAAUAGUCAAAGCUGCGGUGACUAG